UGGGGAUGCACGAACCUUAGGGGAGUGUGCAGAGGUUCGGGGCGUUUGCGCUUGCCAGGUACCCCGGCACGGGGUAAAAGCCUUGGGGACUCAAGUCAGCUGUGUCCCUCUCGGAGACCGGCAGCCGGAGAGGGGAGGGCGUUUGUUCUGCCUUUAUCGCUCCUGGAAGAACAGGGGCUUGGCCCUUCACAACAGCUCGCUUGAGUUUGCGAAGUUGAGGUAGAGAAACCCCAUCCCCCCAAAUCCUGUAAUACACACCCCUCCCCGCCCCUGCCCGGGCUCUGACCCCAGAGAGAGGGGCUGGGCAGAGCAGGGAGGGGCGGAGGCUUUUCUGGUUUUCCAGAGAAGGAGGCCUCUUUGGGUUUAGACAAGACUGAAUGACUCUACCAUCCAGGCGGGGUGGGGGUAGGGGUCCUCCUCCCCCAGUCACUCUCAGGGCAGCUCCUCCCCUCCCCACCCCAGCUCUGGGCCUAGAAGGCAAAGGGAGCAGGGCACCCAGGCCUACGGUGGGGUGUCGGUGGUAAACUGGAAUUCUGGGGCUGUUACACGGGGCUAGUCUGGCGAGAGCAGGUUUACUGGGUCUGGGAAGAGAGUGGAGGUUGAGCCAAGGAGAUGGAAGAACCCUGUCCUGGUAGUUGCAACUCUGUGGGUCCUGGUCUUUCCUAGACCCGCUGUGCCUUUGAUUUCUGGGCUCCUGUGCUCCCAAUAUUACCUCUAUCCAGAUCCCUUGCACCCCCAGUCCACCUUCCUGCUCAGUCCAUGCGUGUUGGUAUGUGACAGGGCUAGUCUGGAUCCUGGGCCUGGGAGCCUGGAGGCUCACUGAAAUCAGGCCCUGGUUGAGGUGCGGAGUCUGGACGUGGUUUAGGGGCUCAGCUGUAGUAGGAGUGCAGAAAGACCUAAGUCUUCUAGCAACCUUCGCUUGCCAAACUGCAGACUUAGGAGGGUCUCUUGAGCCCGAUCCUUCUGUCCUGGAACCACUAGCUGCCUCCUGGUUGUUCCGCGGCUGGUGGGCACGAAGCUCAGGAGAGGGCGCAAAGGUGGCGAGCUUUAAGGCAGGUUAGUUGGGCAGAACCUGCCAGACCCCGGGGCUUGGCCCGGGAGGCACCCUUCUUGGUGAGUUGAAGGCUUCAGCCCACCCCUCUUGGCUGCGCGGUUCUCCCCUUGCAGCUCAGUCUCCCCAGUCGUAGGCUCUCGGGCAGGCCUGGCUACAGCGCACAGCGCUGAGCGUUUUGCCGCUGCGGCCUGGCUGGACGGCCCCGAGGGGCGCGGGGUCGGGGGCCGGCCUGCAGGGCUUUGUGCCGCUCGCUCCCGGGUGUGCGCGAGGCGCGGAGCAUCCAAAUUGACACCAUAUGUUUUCCUAUUAGAUGCUUCUCGGUCGAAUUCUAGGCGCAUAAUCAUCGCCACUCGGCAAGAGCGCCAGCCGUCCCCAGGGAAGGGACACAAUGAUUGAGGCUUAACCUCUGAAGGGGAACUUAGAGCAGCGUUUCCUCGCUGCCAUUUCUAUGCUGGCAAAGGCGACCUGGCCCUGGAGUCUCCUGGGUGUGCACCCGCCCGAGGUUGCUGCGGAAGUGGUGGGCACGUUAUUUUUUGCAAUGGGGAGGAGAGAAGGAGGAAAGUCUAGGAUAAGGCGGCCCCACACGCCUUGGCAUUCAUAGAUUGAGAAUUGCCCGGGCUGUGCUUGAAGUUUGGAAAGUCUUUCUCGGUCUCUGGGACAGUCUUUCUCUUUCUUGGAAGACUCCCUUUGCCCAAAGGGGAGGCUCGGCAGCUGGAGCGGUAGAUGGGUCCAGCGAAGCAAAGGAAGGUAUUAAGGGAACUUAGGAGAAACCGGAAGCGCGGACUAGGCCUUACUCUGCUGUAGAAACAGUGUCCCCGCAAUGUCCCCGCCCGGUGCCCAGAUCCCCCAAACGCCUGUCACUUCUCAUCGAGUUGAGGCUCUGGUCCCCCCUUCUCAGUGAGGGCCCCCCUCCGCCCCAAGCCUUUGGCUACCCUGAAAACACGGUGCCCCUCGAAGGGGGAAACAGUGCAGUUCAAUCUCCUCUGAGUGAUCUACAAAUAGGGACGGAAAGGGUCGUUUUAUCACGGUCCCGUUUGUCGUGACGAUGCAAUUUCCCGGAGCGGAGCACUGUCACAAAGUGACAAGGCUGCCACAAGCGCCCCGACUGAUCUUUUCAAUUAGCCUUCCAUGCAUGAUACGGAGCGACUUCCGCCUAUUUCCAGAAAUUAAGCUCAAACUUGACGUGCAGCUAGUUUUAUUUUAAAGACAAAUGUCAGAGAGGCUCAUCAUAUUUUCCCCCCUCUUCUAUAUUUGGAGCUUAUUUAUUGCUAAGAAGCUCAGGCUCCUGGAGUCAAUUUAUCAGAGGCUCCAAGGAGAAGAGAGGAGUGGAGAGGCGCAGAGAGGAGAGCGGAGCAGGGAGCCGCGUCUUCUCCUGGAAGGGCUGCUCUCUGGAGUCGGGGCUGCAGGUCACAGCGGAGUGAAUCAGCUCGGUGGUGUCUUUGUCAACGGGCGGCCACUGCCGGACUCCACCCGGCAGAAGAUCGUAGAGCUCGCUCACAGCGGGGCCCGGCCGUGCGACAUUUCCCGAAUUCUGCAGACCCAUGCAGAUGCAAAAGUCCAAGUGCUGGACAAUCAAAACGUGUCCAACGGAUGUGUGAGUAAAAUUCUGGGCAGGUAUUACGAGACUGGCUCCAUCAGACCCAGGGCAAUCGGAGGUAGUAAGCCGAGAGUAGCGACUCCAGAAGUUGUAAGCAAAAUAGCCCAGUAUAAGCGGGAGUGCCCGUCCAUCUUUGCUUGGGAAAUCCGAGACAGAUUACUGUCUGAGGGGGUCUGUACCAACGAUAACAUACCAAGUGUGUCAUCAAUAAACAGAGUUCUUCGCAACCUGGCUAGCGAAAAGCAACAGAUGGGCGCAGACGGCAUGUAUGAUAAACUAAGGAUGUUGAACGGGCAGACCGGAAGCUGGGGCACCCGCCCGGGUUGGUAUCCCGGGACUUCGGUGCCAGGACAACCUACCCAAGAUGGCUGCCAGCAACAGGAAGGAGGGGGAGAAAAUACCAACUCCAUUAGUUCCAAUGGAGAAGAUUCAGAUGAGGCACAAAUGCGACUUCAGCUGAAGCGGAAGCUGCAAAGAAAUAGAACAUCCUUUACCCAAGAGCAAAUUGAGGCCCUGGAGAAAGAGUUCGAGAGAACCCAUUAUCCAGAUGUGUUUGCCCGAGAAAGACUAGCAGCCAAAAUAGAUCUACCUGAAGCAAGAAUACAGGUAUGGUUUUCUAAUCGAAGGGCCAAAUGGAGAAGAGAAGAAAAAUUGAGGAAUCAGAGAAGACAGGCCAGCAACACACCUAGUCAUAUUCCUAUCAGCAGUAGUUUCAGCACCAGUGUCUACCAACCAAUCCCACAACCCACCACACCUGUUUCCUCCUUCACCUCUGGCUCCAUGUUGGGCCGAACAGACACAGCCCUCACCAACACAUACAGCGCUCUGCCGCCCAUGCCCAGCUUCACCAUGGCAAAUAACCUGCCUAUGCAACCCCCAGUCCCCAGCCAGACCUCCUCCUACUCCUGCAUGCUGCCUACUAGCCCGUCAGUGAACGGGCGGAGCUAUGACACCUACACCCCCCCCCAUAUGCAGACACACAUGAACAGUCAGCCGAUGGGCACCUCGGGCACAACUUCCACAGGACUCAUUUCCCCUGGUGUGUCAGUUCCAGUUCAAGUUCCUGGAAGUGAACCUGAUAUGUCUCAAUAUUGGCCAAGAUUACAGUAAAAAAUAAAAAUAAAAUAAAAUAAAAAAAAGAGAGAGAGAGAAAGAAUAUAUUGUGUUAAUUCAGUCAGUGACUAUGUGGACACAACAGUUGGGCGUUCAUGAAGGAAAGAAAAUGGCUGUCAGAAGCACUUCAUUUCUGCAAUUGUGUCCUGUAUUGUACCACUGGGGAAUGGACUUGAAACAAGGACCUUUGUAUACAGAAGGCACGGUAUCAGUUGGAACAAAUCUUCAUUUUGGUAUCCAAACUUUUAUUCAUUUUGGUGUAUUAUUUGUAAAUGGGCAUUUGUAUGUUAUAAUGAAAAGAAAAAAAAAGAACAACAUAAACUGGAUGGAUGUUUGAUCUGUGUUGGUCAUGAAGUUGUUUUUUAAAAAAAGGAAACCAUGAUCAAGCUUUGCCACGAGUUUAAGAGUUUUAUCAAGAUAUAUCGAAUACUUCUACCCAUCUGUUCAUAGUCUAUGGACUGAGGUUCCAAGUUUGUAUCAUUCCUUUGCAUAUAAUUAAACCUGGAACAACAUGCACUAGAUUUAUGUAAGAAAUAUCUGUUGGUUUUCCAAAGGUUGUUAACAGAUGAAGUUUAUGUGCAAAAAAGGGUAAGCUAUAAAUUCAAGGAAGAAAAAAGUUGAUAGCUAAAAGGUAGAGUGUGUCUUCGAUAUAAUCCAAUUUGUUUUAUGUCAAAAUGUAAGUAUUUGUCUUCCCUAGAAAUCCUCAGAAUGAUUUCUAUAAUAAAGUUAAUUUCAUUUAUAUUUGACAAGAAUACUCUAUAGAUGUUUUAUACACAUUUUCAUGCAAUCAUACGUUUCAUUUUUGGCCAGCAAAAGUUAAUUGUUCUUAGAAAUAGUUGUAUUACUGUUCACAGUCCAAUCAUUUUGUGCAUCUAGAAUUCAUUCCUAAUCAAUUAAAAGUGCUUGCAAGAGUUUUAAACUUAAGUGUUUUGAAGUUGUUCACAACUACAUAUCAAAAUUAACCAUUGUUGAUUGUAAAAACCAUGCCAAAGCCUUUGUAUUUCCUUUAUUAUACUAUUUUCUUUUUAA